AUUGCUGGCGCCCAUCACCCUCGAAGAAGCCUACCACUCAUGGCUUCUCUGGUCUCCCGUCUAAGCUCGCCUCUGUUCCUAUAAGAACCACCAGGGCGAAUCCUAAACUGAGCUCUCCCCACCUUUGCCUUCCAUGGCUGCUUGUUCGCAAUCCAUGAUUUCUGCAAGCACCUCGUUCCUACCCACUUGCAGAAUCCGUAGAAGAACCCAGAGACUGAGAGGCAGCGGCUUCUACGCCUCUGUCAAAGCUAGUUCUGAGCAAGAUGCUGACUGCAAUGAAGAAGAUUGUGCACCAGAGAAAGAGGUUGGCAAGGUAAGUGUAGAAUGGCUAGCCAGUGAGAGAACCAAAGUUUCAGGGACAUAUCCACCCCUUCGCAAGAAAGGGUGGACUGGAUAUGUUGAGAAGGACACUGCUGGGCAGACCAACAUCUACUCUGUUGAGCCUACAGUCUAUGUUGCUGAGAGCGUUAUCAGCUCAGGAAGUGCAGGAAGUUCAGCUGAUGGAACAGAGAACACGGCAGCCAUUGUGGCUGGGCUGGGACUGAUCUCCAUUGCUGCAGCUUCUUCAGUUCUUUUACAAGUAGGCAAGGGAACUCCUGAUGUUAAAACCACCGAGUACUCAGGACCAUCGCUCAGUUACUACAUCAAUAAAUUCAAGCAACCUGAAAUUAUUGAGGCAUCAAUACCAGCUCAACCUCAGACUGCUCCAACUCCAGAAGUUGAAGAGAGCGUUGUUGCAGGUGAAUCUCAGCUGCAAGCUCUUACACCAACUCAAGAGCAAGCGUCUACCGUUAGCCAGUUGUCCUGAUUCGCUGCAGCAAUUCAUGCCUUUUUGGUUGUCCAAAUGAAGCACAGUUUUGUGAUUUUAUUCACAUUCUUGCUUACAUCUUGUUUUUAUGUUUUCUUUCAUCAUUUCAUCUGUAUGUAAUCUAUCUAUCUGCACACUAACUCCAUGGAUUUUCCUGCAAUGUAUUCUUUUCACGUAGAAGUGAAGAGUAGCAAGCAUCGAUACCGUUUACUUCUUC